GCCAAUCACCCUGUCGUGCUUUUUUCCCCCAAGCUCGCUGUCAUAUGACGUACAAUGUGAGAGACCGAAAGCCACCUCUUGAACAACACAUGUGGGGAUUUUGUUGAUCGGAGCUAAUGAAUUCUAACAACAAGUGAUCGAAAUCAGUUCAUCUGUCUUUAAACUGCAAAAUUGUGGGGGUUUACCCACGUCUUCCAAAGCAAGAUGGCAAAAAGCAAUCUCCAGUUCAAGACCAACUAUGCUGUUUCCAGCACUAUCGAACCAUUCUACAAGGGAGGAAAAGUACAGAUCAGUAAAGAUGAGAAAUUCAUAUUUUGUACGUGUGGCACACGUGUCAACGUCUUGCAAAUCGUUACAGGGAAGAUUGUUCACAGUAUUGAACAGGAUGAUCAGGAGGACAUUACAUCAUUCGCCCUCAGCCUUGAUGAUGAGAUCCUGGUAACAGCCAGCAAGGCUCUGCUGCUGAAGCAAUGGGACUGGAAGCAGGCCCAGUGCACGCGCUCCUGGAGGGCCAUCCACAAUGUGCCCAUUGCCAGCAUGACCUUUGACCCCACCUCCACRCUCCUGGCCACAGGAGGCUGUGAUGGCACCAUAAAGCUGUGGACGUGGUGAAGCAGUACUGUACGCACAACCUGAAGGGCUCCUCUGGGGUCGUACACCUGGUGGAGUUCCACCCAGACAUAAGUCUACUGCAGCUCUUCUCCUCAGCGUCAGACUGUGGCAUCAGGAUGUGGGACUGCGCUCCAGCCAGUGUCUGUGCGUGCUGCAGAGCCACUACAGCCCUGUCACCUCCCUGGCCUUCACCCCCGAUGGAGCCUCCAUGGUCAGCUCUGGCAGGGACAAGAUCUGCACAGUGUGGGAUCUGAAGAGCAGGACUGCCAGGAGACAGUGCCCGUCUAUGAGGCUGUGGAGUGUGUUGUGCUGCUCCCUGAGGACGAAGAUUUCUCUGAGAUCGGGGUGAAAACUAAAGAGAUCCACUUCAUCACAGCAGGCAGCAAAGGUAUGUGCUUACAGUCCCGCUCCUGGGUG